UUAUAUAGACUAAAUCAAACAAAAAGUGAUUUCUCACAUUUAAAAAGAAAAAAAAAGAUCAAUCAAGAGAAAAAUAAAUAAAUAUGAAGCUUGUUGAAGUUCUUCACAUGAAUGGAGGAAUUGGAGACAUUAGCUAUGCAAACAAUUCUUUGCUUCAGAGAAAGGCCAUUCUCAUGACAAAACCAAUAAUAGAACAAGCCAUGAGUGAUCUCUACUGUAGCCUAUUCCCAAAAAAAUUAUGCAUUGCUGAUUUGGGUUGUUCCUCUGGAUCGAAUACUUUAUUGGUGGUAUCAGAGCUUGUUAAAAUCAUCGAGAAAGAACGAAAAAAGCACGGAUUUCAAUCACCAGAGUUUCAUUAUCUCUUCAAUGAUCUUCCUAGUAAUGAUUUUAACACUAUUUUUCAAUCAUUGGGAGAAUUUGAACAUGAUUUGAGAAAGCAAUUUGGAGAAGGAUUUGGUCCAUGCUAUUUUAGUGGUGUGGCUGGCUCAUUUUAUUCUAGACUUUUUCCUUCAAAGAGUUUGCAUUUUGUUCACUCCUCUUAUAGUCUUCAUUGGCUAUCUCAGGUUCCUAAUUUAAUUGAGAAGAACAAGGGCAAUAUUUACAUGGCAAGUACAAGUCCACCAAGUGUUAUAAAAGCAUAUUACAAGCAAUACGAAAAAGAUUUUUCAAAUUUUCUGAAAUAUCGUUCAGAAGAAUUGAUAAAAGGUGGGAAAAUGGUAUUAACAUUUUUAGGAAGAGAAAGUGAAGAUCCUUUUAGCAAAGAAUGUUGUUAUAUUUGGGAGCUUCUAGGAAUGGCCCUUAAUGAAUUGGUUAUUGAGGGAUUAAUAGAAGAAGAGAAAGUGGAUUUAUUUAACAUUCCUAAUUAUACAGCAUCACCAGCAGAAGUGAAGUACUUAGUUGAUAAAGAAGGCUCAUUCAUUAUUAAUAAAUUGGAAACUACAAGAGUCCAUUGGAAUUAUGCUUCUAAUAAUAAUAAUAAUGAGAAUAAUAUUAUUUAUAAUGGUGGUUACAAUUUGUCAAGGGCCAUAAGAGCUGUGGCUGAGCCUUUGCUUGUGAGCCAAUUUGAUCCAAAAUUAAUGGAUUUAGUCUUCCAAAAAUAUGAAGAGAUUAUUUCUGAUUGGAUGUCUAAAGAGAAAACUGAGUUUAUAAAUGUUACUGUCUCCAUGACAAGAAAAAACUAAGGGUUUGCACUUAUUUUCGAUUCAAUUCAUGAAGUUUAUCAGUUCAGUUGAUUUAUCAAUUCAAGUUAUUUUCGAUUCGCUCCUGUCCAUCGAUGUUAUUUUGUUUUUACUUAGGUUGUACUUCAAUAUGUUGUCGAAGUGCUAAUUAAUUUAUGGUGUAUUGUGUACUAGUGGUGUUUUUGGAUUUGUUUCGGAGAGUAAAGUGUGGGUUCACAAGAAUUUAAUAGUUUUUAUUCAUAUAGUGUGUUUGCGUAAAACUAUUCAAUAAAUAAUUGCAAAUAUUUGAUUGUCAA